AUUUAUAUCAUGUUGAUCGGGUGAAAAAGAUGGGAGUCUUCUGACUAUAGAUAAAGUGUUUUUUUAGUCACAUAAAAGCAAUGGUGAAAUAAAGGAACCAACAACAAAAGAGAGACAUGUUGGACUUUUUGUAACACGUGAAGCUAAUCUAGAGUUGGAGCCGAUGGAAUUGGUAGAGAAGUACUAUGGAAAACAAAGACAUGAACAUAUAAUUGGAUUUGGAGGCAGAUUGAGGCCGAAAGACUUGAAUGGUUCAGAUGCAUUAAGAAGGAUAGAAUUGGCAAGCAAACUAAGGGAAUCUAAUGGAGAGAAGGCAGACAUGGCAGCUGUAAUAGCAGAGCAAGUCAAUGUUAUUUCAGAGAUGAGAGACAUGAUGGAAAGGAUGAACCAGAGGUCUAGUGGUACAUCAGCAACUCAAAAUGGCCAAUCU